AUGAGCAAGGCCAGCCAACGUGACGUUUCUGGGGCACCCUCCGCAUCCACAGCCGCUUCACUUCUCGGUCUCAAGGAUGUCAUCGUCCGGCCCCAUGGCUUGCAACAGAAGCCGCAUGUCAUCUUGAGGCCUCUCGAACUGGAUGACGACUCUUUGAUAGACGGAGAUGCGCCGAGAGAUCCCAGCAUGCUGUAUUUCAGCCUUUUUGCUGCAAAGCGUAUCGAGUGCAAACCGGGAAAGGAGAUUCUCGUUGCGCUGGAGGAUUCGCCUUUUGGAGACCGUCCUAUCGUAUUUGGAGGGGAAAUGCUGGACGCUGAGGCAGAUAGUGACGACGAAGUAGCAGUGGAGGAGGCUAUGAGGGAGUCAACUCCGACGUUGGAGGCGGCAAUGCCUCCUAAGAUGCGCAAGAAAUGGGGAAGGGGAGAGGACAUAACGUCUAGUCCGCCGAUGCAGGAGGCCCCGGUCUCAACUGUGCCAAACGUACCCCAGAAGACAUAUUGUGAGAUGGGCACCCAAACAGACAUGGUUGUGAUUGUUCACGCAAGCGAUAACGCUGCGCCCGCUCCUGCACAGAGCCUGACCGCAUUUAAUCCUUUUCAUGUCGAGUCUUUCGUGCCUUCGUCUUCGCCGCCAGGGUACGUUGGUGAUCCGGAUGCUCUGGCUCUUAAUGCUUCUGCUCCCGGUGAGAAGCUGGUUGAGGCUAUGGAGGCGGAUAUGAACGGUAAGGCGCGGUCUGUGCACCUUGCCGCCGAGGACAAGGUACGAGCGCACAGUACGCCUAUGGAGCUUGAUUCGCCAGGCGCAUCUGCGCUAUCGUUGCCAAAGACUUUGAACGCUGCUACCGAGGAAAAUGAUGAUGUGGUGGAUACCAGGCCGGAUGACGAGUUCGGCUCAUCGUCGUCACGAGCUGCCUCUACUGUUGCUGCCGCUCCCUCUGGACAAGAGCGGUCGGUCUCGGAGAUCGCCCAAUCCGAGCCUGCGCCUGUCGAUGUUCCGAUGGCUGAAGUGGAGGAGGCUACGAAGUCCCAGGAUACGCCUCUUUUAUCUCCUGCAGAGGACUCAGAUUACGUUCCCGGUCUCUCAGAGCCCGACCCGCCUGCAGUUGAGGGUUCGUCAGGGUUCGCUAGUUCAACGACCCCCGUCGCCGAUGCCUCGGCUUCGCCUCAAGUUCCCGCCCAAGAAGCAGCACAGUCAGGAGAUACUCACAAACCGAAGUUGGAAUCGCCUGCACCCGAAGCGCCGAAUGCAAAUACAGCCUCCCCAAGCCUCCAAGAUACCGUGGAGUCGGUUGUGCCCAAGUCGGAGGCCGCCACUCCCUCGCCAAGUUUCACCAUGCCUUCUCCUUCGGCCUUGCGUGCUUUCUUGCCCGAUGCUGUUUCGCGCUUACUGCCUCUCAUCGGAACACCUGGCGCUGAGAGCCAGAGCCCGGUGUCCUCGAGCAUGCCCCCUGAGAACUAUCUGCCGGUGCCCUCGCCACCUCCUUCCGAACCAACACCGCCUCCCCAAUUCACGCCCGAGUCGCCUGCGCCUUCGAAUAGUUCGGCGCCUACCGCUUCUUUCUCGCAAUAUCAGGCAUCCACAUCACGGCCCCAAUCAGCACGUUCUCCUGCGCCGUCCAAUGCGAGCAAUAGUACAGCUCAGUUUGUACCGCGCACGAGUUGCUCGAGGAGUCCUGUCGUCGCGAGCCGGCCGCUCACGAUGAGCGACGCCAACGCUACGCCUGUCGGUGGUGACAGUGGUUGGGCUUCUCGCCGAAACUCGCAGCAGUAUCCGCCUUCACGCAGGCAAUCUGGUUCAUUCAACUCGCCAACACGGUCUGGAUCUUUCGAUGGCGGGCCAUCGACAUUUGCGCCGAAUUCACGCUUCCAACAACGCGGGCCGCCGCCGCCUCGCUCAUCGUUCAACAACAACUUUGGCGGGCCACCGCGCGGACGCUCGCCGCCGUAUGAUCGCUUCAAAGGGUCCGGACCCAAUGGCCCACCGUCAUAUCGCGAUGGGCCGCCAGGUCCUGAUAUGCACGGCCCUCCGAUGAAUCAAGGCUUCGGUGGUCCCAGCGGUCCUCCAGGAAGAGGAGGCUUUGGUGGACCAACUCCGAACGGUGGUUGGGAUGAACCGCCACCGCCGCGUAAUGGGCCGCCAUUCCCUCCCCAAGGUCGUAAUGGACCUCCAGGUGGUGGUCCGCCGUUCCCGCCGAACGGAAUGGGACGAGGCGGCCCAGCACCCUACAACGAUGGUCCUGGUGGCCCUGGUCCUUACUCCCCUCACGAUAUGGGCCCGCCGUUCCCGCCGCAAGGCGAUAUGGGUGGUAGGAAUGGUCCGUAUGCUCCUGGUCCUCCUGGUAGACGUAAUGGACCUUCCGGCGGCCCACCUUUCCCACCGAAUGACAUGGGUCCACGCAACGGUCCGCCAUUCCCGCCCAACGACAUGCCACCUCCCCGAAACAACAGCUUCCCUCCGCCAGGCGCGCGUAGCGGGACCGGUCCCUUCCCUGGCCCACCGAUUAAUGGCCCACCGCGCAACGGUCGGUUCAACGGUCCUCCACCGCCUAACGAGCUCCCACCCUUCCCACCAAAUGCACCUGGACCCGGUUUUAACGGUCCUCCACCCUUCUCCCCUCAUGAUGGCCCACCAAGCAGGUUUGGUGGCCCUAACAAUGUUGCACCGCCGUCGCCGGUAGAUGGUGGGAGGUUCGGCCCUGGUCCGUAUGGGCCGCCGCGAGGUACGGGGCCGCCGCCGCCUCACGACGGCGGUCGGUUCCCGUCUGGCGGUGGUCGAUACACUCCUGAGGACGCGCGUUACCCGCCUGACCCGUACGGCCCGCCGCCACCAGUGAACAACUCGUUCAGUGGUCCACCGCCGCCCGGUCCGCCUGGCCCAUACGGAGGCCCGCCGCCGAGCAGUGAGCCGUAUAAUGAUGGGUACGGUGGACCGCCUCCGACGUCUACUGCUCUCAGUGCGAUGCUCGCACAGCUUGCUGAGGCGACGGCUGCAACCAGACAGCAGGAUGGCCCGCCGCCACCUUUCCCGCCUGGUCCUCCCGGCCCUCCUGGUUUUCAAGGUCCUCCUGGCCCGCCGGGUCCUCCACCGAUGAUGGGUGGUCCACCUCCGCCGUCGAUGCCGCCGCCAAACACGAGACGACAAGGUUCGGGUCCGGGAAACAACAAACGCUUCAACAACAACCGUCGUGAUCGAUCCGACGUUCAACAUCGCCCUCCUAGCCCGAAUUAUGGCGGCGGUGGCGGCGGUAACGCGCGCUUCGACUCGCCUACGGGUAGCCUAAAGAGGAAAGCGUCGGCUAUGUCCGAACCCGAGUUGCCGCCUCCGCCGCCGGAGAACAUGUCCGUCGCUCCCGCCGCUGCCGCACCUGCGCUACCUGUUGUAGCUGCGCGCCCAGCGCCAUCGGGAUAUUCGUGGCCCACGACGGCGCCGUUGCGGGCGACGGCGUUGCCGGGCGGCAUCAAGUCGCUUAGCCUUAGCAGCGAUGGCGGGUUGAUCGCGCUACUUGGCGGCGGUGCCGAUGCGGACACCGUGAGCAUAUGGGACAACUCGACGUGUGCGGAGGUUGCGAGGCUUGCGCAUGCUAGCCCUGUCGCGGAGGUUGCUUGGGGCUCUGAAGACGCUGCUGUUGGCGAUGCGCUUGCCGCGCUAUGCGAGGGCGGAGCCGUGUUCCGUUGGACGCGCCCGCUUACAGGCGGACCGUGGGCCUGCGAACGCGUCUCUGAUGCUCCGUCGGGCGCACAAGAUCAGCCUACGGCUCUUGCGCAUGCGCAUGGACGUGUUGCUGCUGCCUUUGCGAAGUAUGGCGUUAGGAUAUGGGUGAGGGGCGAGAGAGGAUGGACGGCGCAGAGGAGCGUGUUGAGGCAGAAUGUCAGCGCCGUGAAGUUUGUGGAGGAGGGCAGUGCGUUGCUUGGAGGGACGAGGGAUGGUGUGUUGUGGUAUUGCCAGGUGCAGGGUCUCAUGCGCGCUUGCGCGUUCUUCAAGAGUGAAGUACGCGACAUCGAUAUUUCGGCCAAUGGACAGCAUGCGCUUGUCAGUCAAGCAGACGGCUGCGCCGCGCUUGUGCGUAUCGAAGACGAUAACCGCGGCCAAGUCGAGCGCCUCUUCACCAUCAAGGACGCCUCUCUCGGAGCGACCUUCGGUCCCAACGCCCGUCUCGCGCCGGGACUCAUCCUUUGGGGUGCGGCCCAAGGGUUCGUACUUGUAUGGGACUUCCAGCAACCGCAAAUCAUACGUGCCAUGGACGUCGGUGAGGGCGCUGAACCUGUUGCACUUGCGCUCUGCCGUACACCGCGCUCAGGGAUCUCGAGUGCGUUGGUCGUUGGGACUGCGGAUGGGAGGCUUACCUGGUGGGCGCCGCCAGAGGAUGCUCAAGGCGAGCCCAAUCACAAACGUAUCAAGACCGAGUUACCAACCGAUACCGCAUUGGGAAUCGGCCGGUGCCGGCCCGGAGAGCUCGUGCUGUUUGUGUGUCGGUUUCGCGUUGCCAACCUGCUCCCAACUCAGCCGUUCGACUCCCCGAGUGCUCGCUCAUCCUUCGUCUGCUUCCCUCCUCUCUUACGAGGCGAUACGCGUCCAUCUGCGCCGUCUGUCGGUCGACUGAGUCCCUGCCCUCUCCACCCUCCCGAGCCACCAGCCUUUCUCGUUCUUAUAGCACGAAAUGCAGACAAUCAAGUGCGUGGUUGUGGGCGACGGUGCCGUCGGAAAGACCUGUCUCCUCAUCUCCUAUACGACCAACAAAUUCCCGAGCGAAUAUGUGCCAACCGUGUUCGAUAA